GUGUAUGCACCUUUCAACUUUUAAGCCUUAAAUUUGAAACGUUUUCUCCACACCUUUCUUCUUUUCUACAAAUAUUGUCCCCAGGAUGACAUCUGCUAAUACUCCCAAAAGGGAAGAUGUCGAAAUAUUCAUACGCCUGUUUGACGCUCAUCUAGCACAGUCAUCAACCACUACCUCUUCUCCCGAAUCGAUAAUUCCGAUCACUUAUCGGGAUGAUACUAACAGCCCAAGUGAUACAGUUGACCCAACAGCACAAUUAGAGCUCUUCAAAUCAAAGCUACCAAAAAGCGAGCAGGAAUAUUUUGGUCGACUAGCAGAACAGAGAAGGUCCGCCUUCCAUGCCAAUCAAGCACAAAGACGACAGGCAUACUUGCAUAGUCUAUUGGUGCAACUACCUCCCUUUUCCCUCUCUCAACAAGACAAAGCCCACCUACGAAGUAAUUCAGCUCGUCAAAGAAGACUACAGGAUCUACAAACGUUCUGUAAACGAUUCUGUACACCGUCCAACAUUGGUGUUCGACCAUUCUUUGCUGCUUUAAAGCGAUUACUCGAAGCACAAUCGAGCGAUCGUUAUGGGCGCAGAUUACAAUGGUUACUGGAUGAUGCAGUCUUGAUGGAAACGGGUGGUGAUGAUUUUAUGCAAUCGGCAGUAUACAUUCUAAAAGCUGUCUUACAUUUCGAAGAGAACAAGCCGUUGGAUAGAGCAACAUUAAAUCCAUUCUCAGAUGAAAUUUCUACAAAACCAAACGAACAGGAUACGGAAGGCGUGGAAAAUAGUGAGAUUUUACGAAUUUGGACCAUUCCCGCUCAUUUGGGUAAUCUUGAAUGUGCAAGCCUUGCACGUAUAAUACCAUCGCAUGUUCUACCAAAACGAGGCAAAGGAUCAUCACCAGCCUAUGCAAAUGGAGCUUUGGACAGGCUGGCCAGGGAUGACGAAGAACAACAAAGUUUGUCGAUAGUAGAAUUGCCCACUGGAUCCCUACGAUAUGCACCUUUGACAACCGCUUCUCGUGAUGCAGACUAUCGUGGAGGAUGGAUAGAAUGGAUCAUCGAUUGGGUUGUGUCAUUCGUUCGCAUACAUUGA